AAACCCCCUUAUAUUUUCUUGUCAUUUUCUUCCUGCCGAAGUGCCAAUAAUUGGUACCGGAGUGCAAACUUUGAGCUCUCAUUCAUCAGUAUACUUUGACACUGCACAGUACAGUGCAUUUGUUCUUCUUUCUUGUUAUCUUUUCAAAUCCUCAAAACCAAGAACAGAUUCUGCAAUUCGUGCUGAAUUUCUGUUUUCCUUGGAAAUACAUGGAUGUUCGCAGGUUUUCUUCGGAUGUUAGGAACGUGGUCAAGGAAGUAAGUCAUCUCAGGCGGAAGAAGAAUGGCAGAGCUUAUAAUUACGACCUUGCGAUUCUCUUUGCAAGGAUUUGGUUUUUUAAAGCUGAGAUUUUUGCCCACCGGGAAACUAACCCUCUGAGACUCGGUACAUCAGUGGAGGACUUCAUUGAUGGAUUGUAUGAGGGUUCUACAUUUCUGGUCAAAUCAUUCACUUCACAUCCACAGGAUAAGACUGAUAAGCAAGCCUUAAAGCUGAUUGAAGAAAUUCCUGGGUAUGUGGAAGCUCUGUAUGAUCAUCCCUCUGAAUCUGAUGAGGAGGAGGGCUCAAUUGUGUUGAGAAAUGGAAACAGGACAAGGGAUUUACUUGGUAAGUUCCUCGUACAGCUCAAGCUCUUCAAGGCGGAUGUUCUCUUAUUGGGGGAAUUACUGAAUAAGGAUGAACUUAGCAAUUGGAAGAAGCAAAUUGGAACUCUUCGGGAGGGCCUAAUCUUCUUGAUCAAAUCAGAUGUUCAUCAGCCAAAACAAGAGGAGGAUACGGAGGAUGAGAAAUUGAUCUUGGCAGAUAUUGAGGAACUGGCUGCAGGUAUUAUAUGUCUCUGUAAUUCUUCGUGCUCACCUGAAAAUAUGGAAUUUCAACUUGCUGAUUUGUUGGGGAAGGUUCAGAACUUGAAGGCUAAGCUCAAAGAUCUUUACUUUCAAAUGCCCCCGUUUAAUUGCCCCAAAACUCCUGGGUUGGGUUCCAUUAGAUCCUUCUUGCACGAUUUGAAAGAGCUGUCUAGCGGGGCUCCUGAGUCUGUGGAGUGUGCAACCUAUCAAAUCGAAGCCAUUCAUGGAGAUUUGGAGCUCAUAAUACAUAAGUAUGGGCAUUUUCUUGAUGAAGAUAUUGUUAAGAAUCAGAAGAGCAUUGAUGAAAUCAGGACCCGGCUUGUUGAUGCUGCACACCAUGUGGAGAAUGUGAUCGAUUUAAUGAAGAGUUCAAAUGAUCCAAAUUCUCAGCUUUUGAUGUGGCUUUAUCACUUCUCGGAAGAGAUUACAGACGUUAAAGUCCAGCUGGUUGAUUAUUGCGACAACACCACCAUCCUUGGGGUUGGCGUGGAGACCUAUUCGUACAGGUAUCACCAUUUGGCGUUGCCGAUGAAUACUGUGCCUAUGGUGGGUUUCAAUGAAGAACAGGCUACUCUGAUUGAGCGUCUCACUAGGGGAACAAGUCGGCUAAAAGCUGUCUCUAUUACUGGGAUGCCAGGCAUUGGUAAGACCACUUUAGCUGAAAAUGUGUACAACAGUCACGAUGUAGUAAAUCAUUUCCAUGUUCGGGUGUGGUGUUGUGUUUCUCCAGCAUAUGAAAAGCGAGACUUGUUGCUUGAAUUGAUUAAGGGUCUUACGGAAGUUAGACCCGACAUGCUCACAAGGAAAGAGGAAGAAUUAUGCUCUGUGUUGUAUAUUUACUUAAAAUCAAGAAGGUAUCUGAUCGUAAUGGAUGAUGUAUGGAGUUCUGCAGCAUGGGAUGAUUUGAAGAGUUCCUUCCCAGAUGGCUCGUAUGGAAGUAGAGUUUUGAUGACUAGUCGAAUCUAUAAUGUGGUUCCAAAUCCUCUUCCUCUUCGAGGACUCUCGAUUGAUGAAAGUUGGGAGUUGUUACAGAUGUUGGUAUUUGGCGAUGAAGGAUCUCCUCCAGAAUUGUGUGAAGUCGGGCGGCGAAUUGCUGAAAAUUGCAAAGGUCUACCUGUUGCUGUUGUUUCGGUAGCAAGUCUUCUUGUUAGCCAACCCGAGGCUCAGUGGGUAGAAGUUGCAGAGCGUGCAGGCUCACAGAUAGUAAAUGCUCAAGUAACAGAGUUCAUCAGAAUGUUUGAAGAAAGCUACAAAAAGCUUCCAGAUCAUUUGAAGCAGUGCUUUCUUUACUUUGGAGUAUGUCCAAGGGAUGAGGAUAUUUCAGUUAGGAGGUUGCUGUGGCUAUGGAUUGCAGAAGGAUUUAUUAUACCUAAUGUGGAGAAUAAGAGCUUAGAAGAUCUUGCUGAGGAGUACUUGAUGGAUCUAAUUCAGAGACGCUUGGUUAUACUUUCCAAGCAGAGAUCUAACGGUGAGGUGAAAACAUGCAGAGUUCAUAAUCAAAUACUUGAUUUCUGCUUGUUAAAAGCUAAAGAAGCAAAAUUUUUGCAACUGAUAUCUGGUGAAUCUUCUUAUGGUUCUCCUAAUCAUCUUCAUGAUGAACAUCGUAAUCCUUCAAAUUUGAUCGAUUCUGGGCAUCGGCUAUCAAUUUGUGGAGAUCCAGAAGAAUUCAUUGCAAAAACGCCUUCGGUCCCAUAUCUCCGGUCUCUUCAAUUCUUUGACACUAGUGAAAUGUAUCCUGGAUGUGACAGUGAUGUAUCGUUCAUAUUUGACAACUUCAAACUUCUUAAGGUUUUGGAUUUGGAAUCGAUCAAUAUAGGCAAUUCAUUGCAUGGUGGAAUCAACUUACCUCUUCCUUUGAGGUAUUUGGCAAUUGGUGGUGAUAUGGACUGUAUACCAUCAUCUCUGUCCAAACUACAAAAUCUGGAAACUCUGGUUGUGAAGGGUUUGAUGAAUAAGUUUGUUUUGCCAGAUACCAUCUGGAGCAUGACAAAAUUACGUCAUGUUCAUGUGACUAAUCAUUGUAUAUUUACCUUGCAGUGUGACAAAAAUGGGAGCCUCUUAAAGAGUUUAGUAUCACUUUCCAUGCCGUCUUUUGUUUGUGGAGACGAAACAAAUGACACAGUUAGGAGGUUUCCCAAUCUUAGAAAAUUGAAAUGCAUAUUCUUACAGCCGCGAGGUCGUUCAAUGCAUGUAUGCCGGUUUCCUGAUCUGGAACAUCUGUAUUUGUUGAACACACUGGAGAUAACAUACUACGGCAGGCCUCUCAAAACUGGUGAAUUCAUCUUCCCCUCGACUCUGAGGAAGCUGACUCUAUCGAAUUUCCGUCUGCCGUGGAAUUGUAUUUCAGUGAUCUCGAGUUUACCAUAUCUUGAGGUUCUCAAAUUAAUUUCUAGAGCCUUUGUUGGGUCCUCUUGGUUAAUGGAAGAUGGAGUAUUCCCAAAUCUUAGAUACUUGAAAUUAGACUCCCUAGACAUUGCCAUCUGGGAUUUCUCCCUUUGGGAUGAUCCAUUUCCCUGUCUUGAGCAGCUACUGUUGCGAAAUUGUGGGCAGCUAAAGGAGGUUCCUUCAAUUUUCGGGGAAAUCAUCACCCUGCAGAGAAUAGAAGUCCACCAAUGUGGAGAUUCUACCAAACAGUCGGUUAGAAGAAUUGUUGAAGAACAACGGGAGUUUGGCAACUAUGAUCUUAUCAGUGUCUUUUCUUGAUCGUAGCUGUUCUUCUCUUUCCGAGCGAAAGAAACGAGAAUGAAAAAUGUGCUCCCAGGUAGAUGAUGCUCAUGAGAGAAUCUACUGCUAUGCGCAAGAGGGCCUGCAGCUUUUAAUGCUGAAAAACUCCAGACUGUUGCUGCAAAGGAGAAGGGACUGAACUGCAAUUCAUCAGUUGGAAUCAGAACCAAUGCCCUAAGAAAGCAGGCUAUAGCUCCACUAGAUGUCUAGUUUCUACAUUCAAGCAUGCCAACAGUGUUUCUUUAUCUUAUUUUCCCUUUUUAAGUUUUCAUUUUACAUUCAAAACACAGGAAAGGAUUGUGGUAAGAAUGUAAAGUGUUGGUUGUAUAUGCGACUGUACUAGAUUGAAACCUUGGCUCUAAGCUUUUAGUCUGUUACUACAACUUAAAAUAGCACUAUUCCAUUUAACCUC